CAUUUUCUUUUACUGGCUUCAGAUGCUCCCUAUCAAGUGAAGCGCGGGCAGGACACCGUACUUGUUUUCUUGAAACGACGGUUUGUGCAGAUUCGUCGUCAUUUUCCACAAAGUUAUAGACAUGACAGCAGCCAUGUGUAAAGUUUGAAAUAAUUGUUGAAACGAGCGGUGAAGUAAUACAGGUGAAAACUGUGUUAAGUUUGAUCCUUAUUGAGCGAUCAUGAUUUCGACGAAGCUCUUUUCUUCCCCUGCGGUGCUCGUCGUCGUCAUCAUCUACGCAGCCAUGAUCGUCGUCACCCAGGCGCAGAUCGGCUCGGUGACGCCGAGCUGUGACGAGGGCGAGGCCGCACUCGGGAUGGGAAACUAUUUCAUCGAAGACAGUCAGCUCUCUGCAUACCACGCCUACAACGUCGGUCCCGCAGAAAAUGGAAGAAUAGUUUCGAGUGAUCUGUCGCUGUAUUGGGCGGGGAAGACGAAUUCCGAUGACUUUUGGUACGAAGUCGAUCUUCUCGCUCAUACUGUUAUUACAGGGCUCACGAUCCAAGGUAGGAUGGCUGAUGGCGAAACAGACAAGCGUAUUCUAACUUACUCCAUCCAAUACAGCAGUGAUGGUUCUACGUUCGUCGAUUAUGAGGAAAGCGGUUCUACAACGGUAUUUGAUGGAGUUACUGUGGGAGGAACUACGGUGGAUGAAACAUUUUCAAAGGCGAUCAUAGCUCGCAAAAUAAGGAUUAUACCAAUCACCUAUAGCAAUAAACCGAGUAUGCGACUUGAAUUGUACGGCUGCUACCAAGCGAGGACCUGUCUCCAAUGGGCUUAUUUGGACGCUGAUUACCAGGCAUUGGAGGGUCUAUUCUGGUCCAGCGGAUCUAGGGCUCUGCAGUACUACGCCAGCAAGUACAACAAUGUAUCAGUCUGCUAUUACGACCAAGUAAACGACGUUUUCUGGGACUGUACUAGCCCGCUGGGAGUUGGCAACGGCUACAUCGACGACUCGCAAAUGAGCGCCUCCUCAAAUCUGGGCAACAGUUACGCCUGGAAAGCGAGAUAUGAUGAGUCGGGAGUAUGGAUGCCGAGUAACAACGCCAAUGAUGAGUGGCUACAAAUAGACUUCACUACAGAUACUUUCAUAUCAGGGUUCAAUACGAGAGGAGAUUCCAGUUCCAGCCUAGAUACAUUUCUAGUCACAUACAGUACAGACGGUUCCAAUUAUUCCCCACAAACUGAAUUCGAAGAGCCUCAAGAUAUAGACAGGCUGUACCUAUACCAGAGCCCUAUGACAGCACGCUAUCUGAAAUUCACCGCAGAUAGUUGGACUAAUAAUAUAGCACUCGCCGUGGAAGUCUAUGGGUGUGGCGAUCAUGUUCCCACUGCUUUUCCGACGGUAGACUCAGUAGCUACCACGUUUUCUCCGUCAUACGGAGACUGUGAUGGUCGGGAAGGGUAUUUCUACAUCGACGAGGAUGGCGAUGGAAACUCUGACUACACGUACUGCACUCGCAUCACCGAGCAACUCUACGACACCUGUACUAACGCGCUGGGAAUGGAAGACUAUACCAUCACCAAAUCACAGAUCACCACAUCGGGCGAUUCUGCCGCCCGCUUCGGCGGGGAUAAAGGCCGAUUGAACGUGGAGUCCGGUGGUAACGGUUGGAAGCCAGCGACUAAGGAUGCCAACCAGUGGCUUAUGGUCGAUCUCGGCGACGACAGCAUCCCGCUGGUCACUGGGGUUGGUACGCAGAGCAGGGGGAACGAUUACGCACAAUAUGUGACGUCACUGAAGAUAAGCCAUAGCGUGGACGGAAGCACCUUUACUACCAUACAAGGAGAUAGCGGUGACAAGGUCUUUAAUGGCAAUACCGGUUAUGGCACUGUGAAGUACAUCUACUUUGAGACCGCCCUCCACGUCCGCUUUGUUCGUUUUGAGCCACUGACAUAUAAUGACGAUUUGUCCAUGCGUGUGGAAGUCUACGGAUGCCGUAACAGCAUUGUGGCAUCAGAAAACCUUCUGGAUGACGGAAACAGUACGUAUGGCUGGUAUUACACUUCCGGUUCAACUUUGGACUUCAAAACAACAGUUGACGGUUCCUAUGUGGCCCCUGCGGACCUGGAUUCACUCAGCGGUCUAACUAUGAGUGCAUCAAGUGAGAAGAAUGGAAACGAAGCUACAGAGGGCGUUCUAGAUAAUACAGGAUGUUGGGUGCCCAGUACGAGUAAUGCUGAUGAAUGGCUGCAGUUCGACUUCGCUGUUGGGACAGUUAUCACGCGGAUUGAGAUGCAGGGACAUCAUGGCAGUGUUAAUAAGUAUGUGGAGAGUUAUAACAUCUUAUACGCUGCGACCGACGAAUCCUUCACAACCUUCCAACACGGAGGAUCAGAUUACCUAUUCGCAGGCAACGACGGGUCAGGCGUCGAUGUUAUAGCAUCGGAGACGUUUAAUCCUCCAAUCGUUGCACGCUAUGUCAGAAUAUCACCUCAGUCAUGGGGCAAUAGUAUUGGCUUGAGAGUUGCCCUCUAUGGUGUACAGCAUAGUGCAACGUGCAGCGAAUGGGAAGCAGACACAUACAACGCAAGUCCUGGAGCCGGCUAUUACCUCUACCCAGGCAUUACUGAUCCUGUUUAUUGUCCGACUGAUAACUCACCCGAUUAUGGAACCUGCAAUGACUACCACGACGCAGGAUUCACCGACGAUCACUACUACAUCCUCAACCCGUCUGGGGGGUCGUUCUCCGACGCCAUCCUCGUCUAUUGCGACUUCUCGUCCGUGGGCAACAACGAUGUCGUGAUGGUCACCGUAAGCAGUGACAUGAGUGGAUGGACCUACCUCGACUCCUAUAAUGGGAAUUACUCGUCCGGCGUGACGUACAGUUCAAAGGAAGCCGCUAACGUGGGAAACAUGGCGUCUGCAUCAGAUUACUGCUACCAAUACCUGAUGUACGAGUGCUUCGCGUCGAUGAUAUACUCAGGCUCGGUGGCCGUUUCUUGGUGGGAGGAUAAAGACGAGAACCCCAUGCCAUACUGGGCCGGCAAUGAUGCCGAAUCUACGGGGUGCUACUGCAAUGAGGCUGGCAAUUGUGCUAAGGGUGGAGAUCAGUGCCACUGCGAUUUAGCCAACCACUAUUCAGAGGGCGGAUGGAUUACGAAUAAAACGAACCUGCCAAUCGGAGGGCUGACCUUCGGUGACGUCAGCGAUGGGUCAUCAGCUGGAAAUUUCACUGUUGGAGACCUAGUGUGUUUUACGGAAUCUGGUGCGGUUCCUUCAUCCUGCUACGAUGUUGCACAAGACGGUCACAGUACAAAUGGACUCUACCUUCUAAAACUGAGCACCGGUGAUUAUAUACCAG